UGCGACCUAUCGUCAGCCCUGGCGAGAUCUUGUGUUAUUAUUUCAUAACAAUAACAUCAACAUGUCUUUUACACAAAAGCUGAAUAACUACACCAAACGAAAGUCAUUUAAAUAUGGUGUGCCCUUUCUUAUUAUGAUAGUAGGCGGUUCUUUUGGAUUGCAACAAUUUUCAAAUCUAAGAUAUCAGUACGCCAAGAUGCAGCCUGUAACACCGGAAGAAAUGAAGAAAUUUGGUGUGACCAUGAAGAAACGUCAAGAAGUGACUCUUGAAUCGGAAUAUGAUAAGGUAAAAGGCAUAGAUAUUGAGAAUUGGUCAAACAAGCGCGGUCCACGUCCAUGGGAAGAGGAAGGAUUGCCGACGACUUCAUCUUCGCCGACGGCAAAGCAGUAAAUGCAAAUUAAAUGUAUAUUGUGAUGUAGGCAUUAACGCUCGUUAAAUAUUGUAAAUAAAUACCAUUCAUAAUACAGUGCAAUAAAUUGUC